CCGUGCUGCUCGUCGACCAAGUUUGUGCAUCUGCAGACGUGGACGCGUGGCUGGGACAACGACGACAUCCAGAACGAGUUUUGCGACGCUGCGCUCAGCGUGAGCAAGUCCAACACAAAGACCAUUGGCGAUCUCAUCCUCGUGACGCAUUCGAUGGCCAACCUCAUCACGGGCAGCGCCGUCGCCAAGGGCAAGUGCAACCUCUCCAACAAGGUCACGUGGGUGUCGAUCGCGGGUCCAAUGCAAGGCAGCUUGUCGGGCAACCUACUCGAGCAAAAGUGCAAGCAGGGUGGCUGGAACCUUCCGCUCAAGGGUCUCUUGGAGAUCGCGACGCUCUGCCCGAUCACGGACGCCUUCCUCAAGCUCAAGCACGAGACGACCGUGUCACCGGCGAUCAAGGCCGAGUUUCUCGCGGCGCAAGCCGUUCGCAAGCAGUACGCGUCGGUGCUCAUGUGUGGCAGCGACUCAUUUGGUCUGUCGACGGUGUACGGUCCAGUUUUGGAGCUUGUGGGCACGCUGACAAAGCAUGGCGACACGAACGACGGCGUGGUGGCGUUCGAGAGCUGCCGUGUCGGGUUCGAAGCGAGCUCGUUCUCGACCAACUACGCCGACGGCGGCAACUACCUCGCGAGUGUCAACCAUUUCGACAACUCGUUCCGCAACGGCGACGGCUGGUGGGGCGCCGACCGCAAACCGCAAAAAUGGUUUGAGUGCGCGUUGUAAGCUUUUUGCCCGAAUGUUGAUAUCUUUGUG